CCACAAAACAAAAUAGGAAUAAUAUAAUUAUCCCCUGAAUUCUGUUUCUGUUGCUUUCUUCCCGUUCAACUCAAUAACAAGUGUUGUUAAUAUGGUAUUGAUAUAUAGUACUACUUGAUUUUUCAGAUACUGUUAAUUGGCUUGGCUUCUUGUUGGUAGUGGGUCAGUGGUGAAAUCGAUGUCAACUGUCUCUGAUCAGUUUCCAGUGGGACUCCGGGUGCUUGUAGUUGAUGAUGACCCUACUUGCUUAAGGAUCUUGGAGAAGAUGCUCAGGAACUGCCAUUAUCAAGUCACCAAGUGUAAUAGGGCUGAGGUUGCCUUAUCGUUGCUCCGCGAAAACAAGAAUGGAUUUGACAUUGUUAUAAGUGAUGUCCAUAUGCCAGACAUGGAUGGUUUCAAACUUCUUGAGCACAUUGGUCUGGAGAUGGACCUGCCUGUUAUAAUGAUGUCUGCGGAUGAUAGUAAGGAUGUGGUUAUGAAAGGAGUUACUCAUGGUGCAUAUGAUUAUCUGAUCAAACCGGUGCGGAUUGAGGCGCUGAAGAAUAUUUGGCAGCAUGUUGUUCGUAAAAAGAAGCAUGAGUGGAAGGACAACAAUUACGAUCAAUCUGGAAGUGUGGAAGAAGGAGAUCGGCAGCAGAAACUGCCAGAAGAUGCUGAUUACUCAUCUUCAGCUAAUGAAGGAAACUGGAGAAACUCGAAGAAAAGAAAGGAAGAGGAAGAAGAAGCUGAAGAAAGGGACGAUACAGCCACAUUAAAGAAGCCACGUGUUGUUUGGUCAGUGGAGCUUCAUCAACAAUUUGUGCAAGCUGUGCAUCAACUUGGAAUUGACAAGGCCGUUCCGAAGAAAAUUCUGGAACUGAUGAACGUUCCUGGACUAACCAGAGAAAAUGUUGCUAGCCACCUUCAGAAAUAUCGGUUGUAUCUCAGAAGGUUGAGUGGUGUAUCACAGCACCAGAGUAGUUUGAACAACUCGUUCAUGGGACGCCCAGACGCAACCUUUGGCACAAUAUCUUCCCUCAACGGGCUUGAUCUUCAAGCUAUUUCUGCCGCUGGUCAAGUCCCUGCGCAAAGUCUUGCUACCCUCCAAGCAGCGGCCCUAGGUAGAUCUGCUGCUACAAAAUCUGCCAUAUCUAUGCCCCUAGUAGAUCAAAGAAACCUUUUUAGCUUCGAAAAUUCCAAGUUGAGAUUUCCAGAAGGGCAACAACAACUAAAUAAUAGCAAUAAGCAAAUUGACUUGCUGCAUGGAAUCCCAACCACCAUGGAGCCAAAGCAGCUUGCUAAUUUACACCACCCUUCCCAGUCCUUCGUGAGUAUGAAUACGCAAGUGAACUCCAUGGCACAACAUAAUAAUCCUUUGCUUUUGAGAAUGUCCCAAUCACAACCUAGGGCUCAAAUGCUAAAUGGAGCGAAUAAUGGCCAUCAAGUUUCGAGGCUUCCAUUAUCCAUGCAGCAACCUUUGUCGCCAGAGGGGAUACCUGGUACUGUCCCAGCACAGAGUGGUAUUGUUGACAAUGCACGAGGGAGCGUGUACAAUCCAGUCUCCCAAUCAUCUUCAAUGGUAGAUUUCUCGCUAAAUCAAAGCAAGGAGUUGCAAAGCUACAACUUUUCUCUUGGGAGUAAUAAUUCAGGGAUGCCCACUUUGACCAAUAGAGGGAUGCUUCAGGAAGAGAUGAACUCCGACAUCAAAGGAUCUAGAGGAUUCCCUUCUAAUUAUGAUAUGUUCAAUGAACUCCAUCAGCAAAAAUCACAGAACUGGGAUUUACAGAAUGUUGGGUCAACCUUUGAUGCCUCUCAUCAUCCAAGUAUACAAGGAACUCGGGGUGUCUCAUCACAAUUGUUACUUCAGCAAGGGAUCUCUUCAACACACCACAGUGGACAAAACAGAAAUGCUCCUAGUGGUAAACCAUUGUACUCCAAUGCGGAUGAAAGUGGACAUUUUAAUCCUAUGGGUGGACCACAACUUAACUCUCUUGGUGGAAAUAUGCUUGCUGUUAAAGCUGAAAGAUUUUCCGACUCAGACUAUCACAGUACCAUUUACCACGAGCAAUUUGGACAGGAGGACCUCAUGAGUGCCUUCUUAAAAACAGCAAGGAAAUGUUGGACCAGUUGAAACUGAAUUUGGCUUCGAUGCAUACACACUGGACAAUCUUCCUGUGUGAGAUGUGAACAAAGCAUAGUUGAUGGCACUGAACAUAUAAUUCAAAGUAACUAGUGUACAUAGUUGCCGUUACAGCUGAAAAUUUCCCUAUGAACCAAAAUGAAGGAGUCUCAGUUUUCUAUUCAGUUGUAAGGUCUCAAGGUUGCUGGUUCUUAUUGGAAAAGAACUUAGCUGUCAGAUGGCAAGUAUGGAUAUCAGAUAGAUCAUAGAAGGGUAAAUGUGUAUGGUAUGCAAAGGCAUACAUGCAAAGUUUUGGCUGGUAUUGGUAGGUGAUUUUAGGAGAAUCACAUUUCUUUUGAGUAUUUUGUCAAGGAGUUCUAAUCGUGGGGUGCAGGCGCUAGAUGCAGGGAUAUUCGUAAACAGGAAGGUUAAGUUCUAACUUCAAUAAUGCAAGUUUUCUUCCCUUUCACUUUUAGGAUUGAUCUUUUAAUGUACAGAUUUCAUUUGAAAUGCUUAUUAAGAUAAGUCUGGAUUCAUAUAGGUGUUCAUUUACCUGGUCAUUUCAUGUUCUAUUUUUGAGGUGUGCAGCUCACACUUGGA